CUUUUGCUCUCGCUGUCCCCGCAGCUAUUUUUGGUUCCAUAUUAGUAGUAGGUAAUUUGAUCCCAUUUUUUUGAGAUGACUGGACCGUUGCAUUCGAAAUAGUGAUGGUGUAGCAAGAAUUGCUACCUUCAAGGAGGUUCAUCAAAAGCAGUUUCCCAAGGCAUUAGAAGUCGUUUAAGCACAUUCGUUCUCUAAUCGCAAAGAGAUGUACCCUACCUACCGGUGGAAUGUAUUAUUCCAAUUCAUUUUCCUAUUUGAAAGAUAUUGAGACGCAUCAAAAACGAAUGCCAAUCGCAGAUUUUCCAAAAACAGAAACAAAUCUUCUAAUUGGGUACCGUUUUGACGUCACGUCCCUUUAAAGGGUAAAUGACUAACACAAUUGACGCGCGUAUUUUAUGUUUAAAUGAAUUGGUACCGAGCACAUAUGUGGCAACAACCUUGAAUCUUAAACACAGAUGUUCUGGAUGCUGGUCAAAUCCUUAAGUGAGUGCGUGAUUAAUAAACAGACGCGGGGGCGAACGCGAAAGCCGAAUUUUACUAACCAGUGUGGCCCUUCCCAAAAAUGAUAGUUUCAAAACGGCGUUUAUGUAAAUACUGAGUGAUUAUAUGCAAAUUAUACUCAAUGUCUCACGUGUUCGCCUCUAAGUAGAACUAUUCGAGUCAAUUUAUAGGAACAGUGUUAGUCGGCCGGUUUACUAAAUGAAAUGAUUAUAGUUACGACCGUAUUGAAUAAUACGGUUGAAGUGUGCAAAUCACAGAUCAUUGCAAAAAUUGUAUAAAUUAACUUCCUCCUCUUCAGAUAAGACUAUACCUAAUGGUACAUUCGAAAACGGAACGAGGUCCACUUCUGUUACAUUGAAGAAUUAUGGGUGGUUAAAAGGAGAUAAGAUUCGAAUUUCCGUUUUCGCCGAUUACACUUUAAAAAUAAUCACGCCAAAGAAUGGAGAGAAUAGAAGACUUUGCAAUGAAAAGUUUGUUACUGCUAACGCUCGUCACAUUUGUGCAAUCGAUAUCGUUUUGUAAUUUCACAUUAUCCUCCGACAGUCUUCUGCUCGAGCUGCGAGAGGAUCACGGCGUUGAUCUCGAAGUAACUUGCUUUAAUGAGACGGACGAGUAUAACACGAUAUUAGAAUUCUUGAUCCAAAAUAAGGACAUCGUGAAUGUCGAACCGCCAAUUUUGCUUGUCGAUCCCGUAAACAGUACGCAUCAGUUUUUCAUCGAAGCUGCCUCCGCUGGACAUACAGAAGUUGUCAUAUCGACGGUCGAUAGUGCUAUCAAAUUCAAGCCGCUGUGUCUUAUUGUAAACGUCUUCAAACACCAUUACUUAGACAUUUUAUCCAAAGUUUUUGGAUGGAUAUACAUUCUCUCAUGGGGUGCCUCGUACUAUCCACAGAUAUACCUCAACUACAAAAGAAAAAGCGUGGUCGGCUUAAACUUUGACUUCGUGGCUCUCAACAUCGUCGGUUACUGCAUGUACGGCAUCUUCAUCCUGAGCGUGUUCUUCGUCGAUGAAAUACAGGAUGAGUACUUCCACAGACACCCCAGGGGAUUAAUUCCAGUAAAGGUGAACGAUGUAGUUUACAACAUCCACGGCAUUUCGGCGCUGGUCGUCACCGUAAUCCAGUGCUUCGUGUACGAAAAGGGAAAUCAAGUCGUCACCAUGUUCGGACGGAUAACGCUGGCGCUGAUCUUCUUAUUUUCGUUCAUCAUCGUAAUAUUAGCCGGAUCAAACGUGAUCGAAUGGCUCGACUUUCUUUAUUACUGUUCCUAUAACAAAGUGAUAAUAACUGCCCUAAAGUAUAUUCCUCAAGCCUACAUGAAUUUUAAAAGGAAAAGCACGCAAGGUUGGAGCAUUGGGUUGGUACUACUGCAGUUGAGCGGCGGAAUUUUCAGCGUGUUGCAAAUGAUAUUAGAUUCGUACAACUACAAUGACUGGGUGUCGAUCUUUGGAAAUCCAACAAAGUUCCUAGCGGGAAUGUUGAAUAUACUGUUUCCAAGUUUCUUUGUCGUACAGCACUACAUUCUGUAUAGGCCUAGGCCCAUUAUAAGUAAGGUCUGAAGUAUUUUCUUCGUAGAGAAUGAAGAAUAUGCUAAUUAGUUAUUAUUUUUUAUACGCCAGUUUGUGAUAGUUGUAAAUAUUUUGUUACAAACUAUUAAAUCUAUUUAUAGAGAGAAGUAUUCAAAAACAAAUCGAUUUUGUUACAUAAAAGAAAACGUUAAUUCGAAUAAAUCAGUGACAUGAACAUAAAAAUGUAAUACGAUGA